AUGGCUCCAACUCAACCUCCAGGCGAUGAGCUCGAGUAUCUCAAAUCACUUGCGGAGCGUCUAAAGCUCAAAAUUGAAGAGCUAGAGAAGAAGGCAAAGCCCGCGGCUGCUGUUCCUCUCAAGUCCGACAAGGAACUGCGUAUGAUUCUCGUUGGACCGCCUGGCGCUGGCAAGGGUACUCAAGCCCCAAAAAUCAAGGAAAAGUAUUGUGUCUGCCAUUUGGCAACGGGAGACAUGCUCCGCGAGCAGGUCAUGAAGAAGACGCCGCUCGGCAUCGAGGCCAAGAAGAUUAUGGACGCGGGAGGUCUCGUCAGUGACGAUAUCAUGGUAGGAAUGAUCAAGGACCAGCUAGAAAACAACAAGGAAUGCGAGAAGGGUUUCAUCCUUGAUGGGUUCCCGCGUACUGUUCCGCAGGCAGAAAAACUCGAUUCGAUGCUUGCACAACGAAAGGAGAAGUUGGACCAUGUUGUCGAGCUUGUGAUUCAGGACCAACUGCUCAUCUCGCGCAUCACUGGACGCUUGAUUCAUCCGGCCAGUGGCAGGACAUAUCAUCGUGAAUUCCACCCGCCUAAAAAGCCAAUGACGGACGACGUGAGCGGCGAACCGCUGAUUCAAAGGUCAGACGACAACGUCGAAACGCUUCGCAAGCGAUUGGAUGCCUUUCACAAGCAGACAGGUCCCGUCGUGGACUAUUAUCGAAAGCAAGGCAUCUGGAAGGCCAUUGAUGCUGCGCAAUCUCCCGGUGUUGUAUGGGACAGCCUGAACCGGAUCUUUGAGAGCAAGUAG